AUGGCCGGUAUGGCCCUGCCAACUCUGACCAUGUGCACCAGAGAAGCUGGGUAUUUCCGCGUGGAGGGAGUUGUAGCUCAAGACGAGAAGUCUACCAGCCACGUCAGCCGAUGGCUCAUUCGUGAACAAAAGAAGAGGUUGGCAUAUGCAGUCUUUCGUCUCGACUGCUACUUGCACCUGCUCCGCGACUAUCCGCCGUCAAUACGCGUACCGGAGUUGUGUCUGCACUACCCCUGCUCCGAGGCGGCAUGGAAUGCCACAACCGUUGGAGAAUGGGAGCUGGCUUUGGCCCGGGAGCCUCUAGGCAGAAUGGACAAGACCUACUCAUUGACGUGCAUGCAAGCACUGUCGGAUACAAUCCGGCCGAACUUGGCCUUUCUCCUCCCCGAAGACUUCGAGACCGGGGUGGUCGCCAUGCAGUCUCGGCUAUGGGAAGAGGUGCAGCAUGAGCACGAAACGACCCUCUACUCCAUCACGCCCUCGUUCGACAUCCGCCAGGCCAGCGUGGGCAUCGCCGGAUACGGGCUCAGCUGGCAGGUGCAAUUAGAUAUGUGGCGCUCGACCAUGGACCACUUGACCGGACGCAAUGUCGGGUUCUGUGACAAGAGCACCGAAACUUGGUUCUAUUUCACUGCCAAGAUGCAGUAUCACAUGUCUUUCCUCCGCAUGUAUGCAGACCUCACGCUUAUCCAACGGUUGAUCGACGGUCUGAGCACAAACAACUACAGUCCAUCCUUGAUCCGCCGCUUCGAAGCCCGGAUCCAACUCUGGACCAAAUCUUCCAACGCUAAACAAGCUCUGUGGCAUGCGGUGCAGAUCCUUCAGCAGUUCAAGGACACCGCUCUGGGAAUCAAAGCCUCACGCUCUCUCGUCUGCCCCUCGACAGUGACGUGUCUCUUCCGCGCCGCCCAAGUCGUUUGGGCCAUCUGCCGCUCGGUGUUGAGCUGCGACCUCUGCGAAACAUCAUCCGCACAGCACGACAACACGUGGCACACUCACCGAGGCGUCAAAGCCGUCUACGAUCUUAUGGAGCUGCAAAACGAUGGGGAACUCGGAUUCUGGAACGAUAAUCGUGCCAAGGCGUCUAUCGGAAACAUUCCAUUAUGUGCAUGCCACAUGCCUAGGAUACUUGAUCUAUACAUUGAGUCGUUGCAAAUGAGCACGCUUGGCUGGAGUUCUGUGACUCCGGUUACAGAUGCGCUUGUUGCUUUAAAACUGCAGCAGUAA